CUYAGCCGCGUUCAAAUGCGGACAGAUGUUUUUUGCCGCCACGCAGACACUGAAACAGCUAUUGAAAUCCUYAGGAAUCCCUCAGAAUUAUUCACGAUGGAAAGCAUAUAUUUGAAGGUCACGCGGGAUUACACUCCGUCUGACAGAGAGACUCGUUUCGGGGGUAAAGAUUCGGCCAUAACUGUAGAAAAAGGGGACAUUAUAUUUGACGUUCGAAAGGAUGACGAUGGAUGGUUAUGCGGGAAAAACCUAAACUCUGGGAAAACUGGACGAUUCCCUUCCGAUUGUGUGUCGUCAUUAUCUGACGACAAGACCAAAACAACAGACAAGAAAGACUCGACCUUCAAUAAAAAUCCACAAACUCGUGACACUAAAGCAAGUGAACGAACUGUAGCCGAACCUACGGGAAGCUUGCGUAGACCACCAAAUCCUCGACCAUUUGGUCUGUCGUCUCGAUAUCCAAGAACAUACGACCAACGAGAAAAGAAAGAAAGCUCUGGUGAUUCUGGCGUUGGUGUUGAAGACGGCGAAGAUUAUUAUUUAAAUGACAAUUUACCCGAAAAGAAAAAAACUCCCGAAAGUAGAAAAAUCUCGACGGAAAGUGAAACAAAAAAGCCAUCUAUUUACGAGUCGCGUUUCGGGAAUAGUAAGACAUACUCGCCAAUCUACAGCACGCGACCGAGUGUCUCGAAAUUGAAAUCAGCUUUUCUCGAAAACGAUCAAAAAGCGAAGGCAACAGAUAUGAAGGGAAAAGACAAACCUAAAGAAUCRCUAGAAAUGACUAAGAAACCUUCUCUCAGCUCAGAACCGAAAGAUAAAGACAAAAAGAACGGAAAGGCGGCUCUCGCGGCUGAAGAAGAUGACAAUGAUGGUAUGUACGCGAGUGCUGAAAUCGACGAAAAACCCUCAGAYGUCAACAAGAACAAGAAACCCGAUACUUUAAAGCAGGUAAAGGAUAAGAAAGUAAACAUUCAAGAUAAUCCGUUAUCUAAAGACAAGGGUGCUCCAUAUCACAGCUAUCARGUCCCUCAGGGCCCUGACAAGCCUCCAAGAACCGGCGGAUGUUCAGAGUGUGAUGAGCCACAUAUUUAUGCAGACCCUGCAGCCGGAGGCGAGCACUAUACGGAGCCGGAAGAAACUUCGGCCAAGUACGAUUUCGACCCGACGGAAAGCCARCAGCAAAAGCUCUUAGAGAAARCAAACGACGAAUCAAAGUCGGAGACCAAUCGGCGCUCAUAUAACCGGAUGGCGUCUUAUGAGAGUAUCAGCAAUGUUGGACCCGAUAAGAGCACGAGCAAAUCGCGCUCCACCGAAAGUAUCAAAGAAGCAAUGAAGGCGRUUAAGAAGACAAAACAGAAACUKGGUUCUUCUCCUGAUAAAUACCCAARAAUCAGGAUCUUCGUUGGAACUUUGCUGGGUAUUUUCCUCGGCGUGUUUGUUUUCUUCUUAUUUUAUUUGGUUGUAGCCCUGCCAGUGAUUUUAGCAAUAGUAUGUGGUGUUAUCAUCGGGGUUGUUCUCGCCAUGAUUCUUGGUUUUCUUGACAAAAAGAGACUCUUGUGCAUUAUCUUGUUGAUUUUGCCAAGUGUAUUUGCGACUCGUGGUAAAAUUGCGCUGUGGAUUCUGAUAUUGUACUUUUUGAUAGCUGGCCCACUGUGUAACUUUAUUGGUAAUGUGAAUAUCAUUGCAUUAUCUUACGGACAGUGUUGGUACAUUGGCGCUGAAAGUAACACGUCAAGUAAUGGAAGCAAUCAAGUGCAUCCUUCUUAUCAGCGUGUAGUGCAUCCAUUAUUACAACGUUAUGUUGACAAGAUUGAUGAUUUAAGGGUGUUAGUCAACUUGACUUCGACACGUUGGGACAACAUGACAWCGCUKCAAGCGAUUUGUGAUACAUUCUCGUCCAAUUUAAGAAAAAAUUGUUUAACUUUGUCRGACAAAGCCUAUUWCCAGUGUAUGCACGAUGCCAAGAACCCUAAAAUAUUGCAUGGCUGCCAAACUCUAAAACCCAGCAAAAUAUGUGACACUAGCAGAAACACUUCAGCAGCAUGCAUCGAAGAUAUUAGUGAUUUCGUGACUUCGUUAAGAAAAACACUAAACGAGGCUCCUGGUCACGCAAUACUGACCGCGUAUAAAUAUGACAACCAACCAACUGUGGCUACACCAGCGAGAAAGAAAUGUGAAAAUGGAGUGAAUGUUUUGACAAUGCUGCUUCCUUUGUUGAUAUUAUUGGUACUUUACGAGGCGUAUAGCUAUCACAAGUUAUACCUCGCACGGAAUGACUUUGACAACCAAUAUCUAACGAACCAUUUUAAGACUAUAGAAGAUACUCGAAAAGCUAGCGGUUCGACAGAUGGGCUGCUGCCACUGAAGAAAUGCGAGCAUCAGAGGUACAUCCAACCUACGUCUCCACAGUUUACAAUCGCAGAGAGAAACAAUAUGCUCAAGUAUUUGUUAGUGUACUUUAUCUUCUUAGYUUUUGCGCUGAUGAUAAUUCUCGGCGAUUACUAUCUUUAUCAUAUUAUCACCACCACCAAAUAUGGCAAUGAUGGAAGCUCUUCACAAAGCAUAAUCAGCAAUGACAACUCAACCAAUGCAACUCUUACUAAUGCUACAUCUACUGAGAGUACUGGAGGGAUUGCUUGCGCACCUUUAGUUYUUCCGUUGGAGGAGUAUUAUGUGAUAGUCAUUUCAGUUCUACUUGGGCUGCUAUUGCUCAUGAUUCUCAUCCAGCCUUAUGUACUACGGCUGAGGCACUACAUCGCUUCGCAUCUCUACCGMAGAAGGGAGCGCAAACGCAUCGCGUAUGUCUACUACAAACUCCUCGAGGAGCGCAAGGCCUUCUACAAGGCUGUCAUCGACAACAUCAACAUGGAGAGCGAAGAAAACUACGCCAUGGAUCAACUCGACGCGGUUCGAGUUCUUGCCUGGAAUUUCCAAACCAUGGAGAAAGUGUUYUCUGUAUURGGAGUAAGCCUGAGGAAUUGCAUGGUAUGCGGACGAGGGUURAAUCGCCAGUACGUGUACUGCGAUACAGAUACGUGUGAAUCUAUUUACUGCCGCACUUGUUUCUGGGACUUGGGUAACAAGUGUCUUGGAUGCAUGCGUGACAGUAACCCUGUGACUCGUUCGUCGAGUUUUAUCCAAGGCAGCUCAAGAAAGAAAAAAGUCGACAACGCUCAAGGAGUUUGAAGAGGUUGAACUUCAAUUCCCCAAAAGGCAAAACUUAGGCUGACGCCCCGAGAGAGCUUCCUUCAAGGAAAUAUUACGUUGCUCUAAGGAACUCUGUCUACAACAGUGAAAGUCCUGUGUGGGUCACAAAGAGUUGACACGCCCUCAAGGAAGUAACGUGUUCUUCAAGAAUCAAAACACUUCAAUCAAAUGCAUUGUGAAAUGAUGCUUAAUCGAAACUUAUGUACAAACUUAAAUGACAGGAUGGCAAUUGUGGACUUCUGUAGCAUGACUACUACGAAACAYGAUUAAAACGGCUAGUUUUAGUUUAACAUCGAUCUUCAAAUAAGGCAAUAUAGUAGUUUUCGUGUGCAAGUAGAAGCUAUAGAAUGGCUGGUAUAUGAAGGGAAUKUAAUGAUUGUUGUAAAUAGAAAAGUGAAAGUGUCUUUUGAAUCGUAGUCAGAAACAAGAUAUCGAAUUCAGUCUCUAGUUCGCAUCAGCGGAACCRGUGAUUGAAAAACACAUGAUUUGUUUGUUCCAUACAUGUGAAAUUCGACGUUGAACCGGGGAAAACACAUGUAGUAAACAAUGCUAAUUAGUACGAGAUAGUACUAUUUAAUAGAUCGAAUUAUCAGUGAUUCUCGCCAGGCAGUGGAAGAGCCAAUAUUCUCUAACAGAUGUUGGCCGAAGACCAAGAAUUUCACGUUGUGUUAUUUAGUUUCAUUUUCAAUUUAGUUAUUCUGGAACCUGGUGAAAAUUACAAGAUUUGAAAGAAUAGACGAKCAAUAUGUGAAUAGCUAAUUCAUGUUCAAGGUUUUAGCGCGCUCACUACGUAAAACACGAUUUUUUAAGGAAAAUUUUGGCCAUGAUUGUAUAUGAGAGCCUCGAAAUUCCUCAAUAAUUGAUAACACUGUUGUAAAACUGACAACUAGACUUAAUUAAUGAUCUUAUACURUUAGUGUAGUAUUUCCGGCAAGGUAUUACACCCAGCUUGUUGUAAAAUGGCUACUUAACCUUUGCUCUGAUUUAACUUCCAUUAAUUCACACACAAAGUUGAAGAGCCAAGACUCGUUUUUCCCCCUCGCUGAGUUUAAUUAUUAUUCAUCUGUUUCUAAUGAAAGYUUAAGUAACUUUAUUAUGUCUGCUAUCAUACUUUAUUAAUGUAACAUACGGAAGAGRUACUKCUCGCUCGMUCAAAAGUUCAACGAUCAGCUACUUUUAGCCUGCRCACAGACGAACAAAAACUGGUGUUCGACGAGCAGGCAGGCUAAGAUUACUGACAAUCGUCGUAACGUUUUUAUUGACACUAGAGCGGAUUUCGUAUGAGUGGGAAACGGACGGUACUGUACUGUGACCGUAAUUGUACUGUAACCAAAUUCUAGUGUCUCAUUGCUUCGCAAAAAUUGUGCAGGCCAGGUCCGGUAACUGUGCGGUAACCGUGCGGUAACGGUGUCACACUCAUACGAAAUCCGCUCUAUUGCUAAAUGUACUACUCAAAAAGUGCGGCAAUAUUUAAUAGAUAAUUACUGAGGCACGCAGCAUUCAUAGGUAUAAUGCAGGCAGCUGAGGACGCAGUAAAUAUUAAAUUUUCCUGGAGCGUUUCUUUCAUUGACAAAUUGUGUUUUUACUUGAACUCGACUGUUUUUUUGUAGAGCGCGCUGUUGUAGAGGUAGUCCCACCGGCUAAUUCUCGUUCCGGCUCUUGCGUUGCCAUUAUGGCUAAGUUCCCACCAAAUAGAAUUAUAUAGUCUUGUUUUUUAUUGAUUCCAAGUAGAGUUUACCAAUGUAAAAAAAGAGAAGUGAAUAUAUGUUUGUGUAUAUAGCGGAUAAAUAAAUAUAUUGAAAAAUU